UGAGGGGAUUACUUGUUUUGAGGUUUAAUUAGAAAGUAAAAUAGUUAUUAUACACGUGUAGAAAAGGAGACCAUAAAUAUAAAACUCAAUACUGGUGUCUUGAUCAUUGCGUAGUGCUAGAAUUCCGCAAGCAAUUACACGAGCACGUUUCAUUUUGUGUUGCAUUUCUGCCUCUUAUUAUUUUUGUCCAAAAGAGAAACAAAUAUAAAAGCAGCGUUAUUCAAUGAUUGACACAAUUGAUUGUGCUAUUCAGAAAAAAUGGCUCAACUUGAACGCCCACAUAAAUAUAUUGAUGCUUCAAAAAAUCCUGCCUCCAUCCAAACUAUGGAACAACUCCUCAGAGGAGAAGCCUCAAAGCCAAAGCUGUCACCGUGCAACUCCUCCUCUUCCUCAACCUGUUCUUCACCAUCGUCUCCUUUUUUCCAGAGGUUGAGGCACCAUGACUCAGAAGAAGACCAUGGCCAGAAUCAGAAGAAAUCAGUUCUCGCCAAAGUGAAGGAGAAGGCCAAGAAGUUACGCCAUAGCCUCAGCAAGAAGAGACACGAGGAUGGAAUUGCUACUAGUCCUUCUUCGGGGGUUGGACUAGAAGGUGAUGGCAUAGAAGAUGAUGCUGAAUAUUAUGGAGCUCCAAUGUAUGAAUCCGAGAAAGUGCCUGAAGGAUACACAGAAAAUGAAAGGCAGCAUUCAAGAAUGAGUCCAACAAUCCCACAGAAGCAUGUUAUGUCAAGCAAUGACAGACUUGGAUUAGAACAAGUUAGAGAAAAGACACUAAAUCGUUCAUUGUCCAAGAAAGCAACACAACCAGCUGCAACUACAUUUUCUGGUCCAAACAAGAUAUCGACCAAAGCUGCUGCCGAGAAGAAUCUGGCACCAGCUUAUACUGAAGGAUCAGAAACAGCUCACUAUACAACCUCAAAAUUUCAAGGUCUCUCGGUUUCCAAACCCAGAGAGCAUCACAAUUCAUCGCCAACAGGUGCAACAACUCAUAAAGCAUCAUUGUCCGUCCGUGCUUCACGUACGCCUCCAGCUAAGAUGCCCUCUCAAACAUGUCCAAGCACCCCUCAAACUUCAUCAACUCCAAUGGUGACUCCACCUCCUUCACCACCCUCGUCUGCUCCACCAGGUGCGGCCAAUAACAGCCCUACCUCUCAGAUAUGGGAUAAGGGUGUUUCUGUGAAGGAAUACUUGAUGAACAAACUUGAACCAGGUGAAGAUGAGAAAGCUCUUUCACGUGUGAUAUCUGAAGCAAUGAGUCCUAGGAGAACUCCUGGGGAUGUAGGUGUGAUCGAGAAGGUGAGAGAAGCUGUAACAUCUUUACUUCGAACUGAGGUACCAACAAAACAUGCAGAUGCAAAAGCAACAACAAAACUUGCAGACACAAACCCCACCACUGCUGCUCGCACGCCCUCCCAAGUCUCAGCCUCUACCAGCACUACUAGCGCUUCAUCUCAAGUCCCUGUAUCUUUCAACCCUCACGAAGUGGCUCAGGAAGAAAACCAUGGCAGGAUUCUUCAGGCAAAUUGAAAUCCCCCAUGAUAUGUUUGCUGCAUUUUUGUAUAUGUAUUCAGUUUCAGUUCAACCUUGUUGUAUAUGUACCUUAUAAUUAGGCUGGAAAGAUAGUUUCCCUUAUAUUUGUAAAAUUUAAUUGUAUGAAAUAA